AUGUUUCCCCCCUCACCACACUUCCAGAUCCUCGCUAUUGUAGCGACGACCUACAGUAUAUCCGUCUGGAAAUUGGAAGUCCUGGACCGUUGUGCGGUGUACGUUGACAACGUGGCCGUUGGAGCAGUUUGCUGUCGAAUUGAGCCCUCAAAGUCGCCAGGAGGACACGAUUCGCUGUACAUCAUGACUCUGGGCGUACUUGCAACGUGGCGACGACGCAACAUCGGGACCCAUCUGCUGCGGCGAGUACUGGAAAGCCUACCACGUCACCCUUCGGUCAAAGAAGUGUACCUACACGUGCAGACAAAUAACGACGAAGCAGUUGGAUUUUACAAGGUGAAGUGGCAGGAGAUGUGUGUCUCUGGAGUGUUGGACUAA